GUCACACUGUUCGAAAGAGCGAGACGAAAAACACGGCAACACGGCGAACGGAAAACUCAGUGAAAAGUAAAUCAAAUAUUUACAAAAUAAAGUAACCACAAAAUGGCUGCGCUCGGUCGAAUUGCUUUUUCCGUGUGAUUAUCAUGUGCGCCUAACAAAAGACAAACGAUCGGGUCGCGUCAUCUGUUGUUUUUGCGCCAAAUGUCUUAAAAUUCCGGAGAUAGUGCUUCCAAAAUAAGAUGGCUCUCGAGCCAUACACAAAGUCUGCUGAAAUCGAACCUCAAUUGUGCCAAGUUAUAGAGAAUAAUGAAGAUGUGACAACGAAAGCGACCAAAUGCGCGAAAUCUAACAGCGGAGUGGACUGGCGACAAAUGCUGAUCGGCUUUCUACUGAUUUGCUUUGGCAUCUCAAACAGUUUGCAGUACAAAAAUGUUCACAUGCCCAGCUCCUCAUCCCUGAUAGCCAGCCCGCCAGCCAGUGCGUUCGUCAACACGCCGGCCACCCUGCUCUUCACCACGCGCCACGACAUCCAGGUGGCGAACAUCACGAGGCCCACGGGCGGACCUCAGAUCGAUGUGAUCGUUAGGGAUCUGGCCGAGGCGAUGGCCAUCGAUUUCUACUACGCAAAGAACCUGGUCUGCUGGACGGAUUCCGGCCGGGAGAUCAUUGAGUGUGCGCAAACCAACUCCUCGGCACUGCAGCCGCUGUUGCGGGCGCCCAAGCAAACUGUGAUAUCCACGGGUCUGGACAAGCCCGAGGGCCUGGCCAUCGACUGGUAUACGGACAAGAUCUACUGGACGGAUGGCGAGAAGAACCGCAUUGAGGUGGCCACGCUGGAUGGUCGCUACCAGAAGGUGCUGUUCUGGACGGAUCUGGAUCAGCCGCGAGCGGUGGCCGUGGUUCCCGCACGCAAAUUGCUCAUCUGGACGGAUUGGGGGGAGUACCCCAAGAUUGAGCGAGCCAGCAUGGACGGGGAUCCACUGUCCCGCAUGACUUUGGUCAAGGAGCAUGUGUUCUGGCCCAACGGAUUGGCAGUGGACCUUAAGAACGAGCUCAUCUACUGGACAGAUGGCAAGCACCAUUUCAUCGACGUGAUGAGAUUAGAUGGAAGCAGUCGGCGAACGAUAGUCAACAACCUGAAGUAUCCCUUUAGUUUGACCUUCUUCGAUGAUCGCUUGUACUGGACGGAUUGGCAGAGGGGCUCCCUGAAUGCCCUGGACCUGCAAACCCUCGAACUAAAGGAGCUUAUAGACACGCCCAAGGCACCGAACUCUGUCAGAGCAUGGGAUCCCUCACUGCAGCCUUAUGAGGAUAAUCCCUGUGCUCACAACAAUGGAAAUUGCUCACAUCUCUGCCUGCUGGCUACAAACUCGCAGGGAUUUAGUUGCGCCUGUCCCACCGGUGUGAAGCUAAUCUCUGCAAAUACCUGUGCCAAUGGGUCUCAGGAGAUGAUGUUCAUUGUGCAGCGAACGCAGAUUAGCAAGAUAUCCCUGGAUUCACCCGAUUACACCAUCUUCCCGCUGCCUUUGGGAAAGGUAAAGUACGCAAUAGCCAUCGAUUACGAUCCAGUGGAGGAGCAUAUCUAUUGGUCCGAUGUGGAGACGUACACGAUCAAAAGAGCUCAUGCCGAUGGCACCGGAGUGACCGACUUUGUGACCUCCGAGGUCAGGCAUCCCGAUGGUUUGGCACUGGACUGGCUGGCUCGCAAUCUCUACUGGACGGAUACGGUGACGGAUCGAAUAGAGGUUUGCCGCCUGGACGGUACGGCGAGAAAAGUGUUGAUCUAUGAACAUUUGGAGGAGCCGAGAGCCAUUGCAGUGGCUCCCUCGCUGGGCUGGAUGUUCUGGAGCGACUGGAACGAGCGCAAGCCCAAGGUAGAGCGUGCUUCUCUGGAUGGAUCCGAGCGUGUGGUUCUGGUCUCCGAGAAUCUGGGCUGGCCGAAUGGCAUUGCCUUGGAUAUUGAGGCCAAGGCCAUCUACUGGUGCGAUGGCAAGACGGACAAGAUCGAGGUGGCCAACAUGGAUGGGUCUGGCCGUCGUGUGGUAAUCAGCGACAAUCUAAAGCAUCUGUUUGGCCUGAGCAUCCUGGAUGACUACCUAUACUGGACGGACUGGCAACGUCGCUCGAUAGAUCGCGCCCACAAGAUAACAGGCAACAAUCGGAUAGUGGUUGUUGAUCAGUAUCCGGAUUUGAUGGGACUUAAGGUGACACGGUUGCGGGAAGUGAGGGGCCACAAUGCUUGUGCGGUGCGCAAUGGAGGAUGCUCGCAUCUCUGCUUGAAUCGUCCCAGGGAUUAUGUCUGCCGGUGUGCCAUCGAUUACGAACUGGCCAACGACAAGCGAACAUGUGUGGUGCCAGCUGCAUUUCUGCUGUUCUCGCGCCAGGAGCACAUUGGUCGCAUUUCUAUCGAGUACAACGAGGGUAACCACAACGACGAGAGGAUACCGUUCAAGGAUGUGCGGGAUGCACAUGCCCUGGAUGUUUCGGUGGCUGAGCGAAGGAUUUACUGGACAGAUCAGAAGAGCAAAUGCAUCUUCCGGGCCUUUUUGAAUGGUUCGUACGUUCAGCGGAUUGUGGACUCCGGUCUGAUUGGUCCCGAUGGCAUCGCCGUCGAUUGGCUGGCCAAUAAUAUUUACUGGUCAGAUGCAGAAGCGCGUCGCAUUGAAGUGGCUCGCUUAGAUGGCAGCAGUCGGCGGGUGCUCCUUUGGAAAGGUGUGGAGGAGCCACGUUCCCUGGUCCUGGAACCGCGACGCGGUUACAUGUACUGGACGGAAUCGCCGACAGACUCAAUUCGCAGAGCGGCCAUGGACGGAUCUGACUUGCAGACCAUCGUAGCGGGUGCCAAUCAUGCCGCCGGCCUAACCUUCGACCAGGAGACAAGACGACUGUACUGGGCCACCCAAUCCCGGCCAGCUAAAAUCGAAAGUGCUGAUUGGGAUGGUAAGAGGCGGCAGAUUCUGGUUGGCAGCGAUAUGGAUGAGCCGUAUGCGGUGUCCUUGUACCAGGACUAUGUGUACUGGAGCGACUGGAACACUGGGGACAUUGAGCGAGUGCACAAGGCCACGGGUCAGAAUCGCAGCCUGGUGCACUCGGGCAUGACGUACAUUACCUCGCUGCUGGUGUUCAACGAAAAGCGCCAGACAGGUGUGAAUCCGUGCAAGGUGAACAAUGGAGGUUGUUCACAUCUCUGCUUGUCUCAGCCCGGAAGACGGGGCAUGACCUGCGCCUGCCCCACCCACUACCAGUUGGCCAAGGACGGCGUCUCCUGUAUUCCCCCGAGAAACUACAUUAUCUUCAGCCAGAGGAACAGCUUUGGGCGAUUGCUGCCGAACACCACGGAUUGCCCAAACAUUCCACUGCCCGUCUCUGGCAAGAAUAUUCGUGCUGUGGACUACGAUCCCAUCACUCAUCAUAUCUAUUGGAUUGAGGGCAGGAGUCACAGCAUCAAACGAUCACUUGCCAACGGAACAAAAGUCAGCUUAUUGGCUAAUUCCGGCCAGCCUUUUGACCUGGCCAUCGACAUAAUUGGGCGCCUACUCUUCUGGACUUGCUCCCAGUCAAACAGUAUCAACGUCACCAGUUUCCUGGGCGAAUCCGUUGGCGUCAUCGACACGGGAGAUUCAGAGAAGCCUCGCAACAUUGCAGUGCAUGCCAUGAAGCGCCUGCUCUUCUGGACAGAUGUAGGUAGUCAUCAGGCUAUAAUACGUGCCCGAGUUGACGGCAAUGAGCGCGUGGAGCUGGCUUACAAACUGGAGGGCGUAACUGCCUUAGCUUUGGAUCAGCAGUCCGAUAUGAUUUACUAUGCACAUGGCAAGCGAAUAGAUGCCAUUGACAUCAACGGGAAGAACAAAAAAACACUUGUUUCUAUGCACAUUUCGCAAGUGAUCAACAUCGCCGCCUUGGGUGGCUUUGUCUACUGGCUGGAUGACAAAACCGGUGUAGAACGGAUUACGGUCAAUGGCGAAAGACGAUCUGCUGAACUGCAGCGCCUACCUCAAAUCACCGACAUCCGUGCCGUUUGGACACCGGAUCCGAAAGUGCUGCGAAACCACACGUGCAUGCACAGCCGAACCAAGUGCUCCCACAUCUGCAUUGCUAGCGGCGAAGGAAUUGCUCGUACCCGCGACGUCUGCUCCUGCCCAAAGCAUCUUAUGCUGCUGGAGGACAAGGAGAACUGCGGCGCUUUUCCCGCCUGUGGUCCGGAUCACUUUACAUGCGCGGCUCCCGUAUCGGGAAUCAGUGACGUGAACAAAGACUGCAUCCCCGCCUCCUGGCGCUGUGACGGACAGAAGGAUUGUCCGGACAAGUCAGACGAGGUGGGUUGUCCCACUUGCCGGGCAGAUCAGUUUAGCUGUCAGUCGGGCGAGUGCAUCGACAAGUCGCUGGUGUGCGAUGGCACCACAAAUUGUGCCAACGGUCAUGAUGAAGCGGAUUGUUGCAAGCGGCCAGGGGAGUUCCAGUGUCCCAUUAAUAAGCUCUGCAUCUCGGCCGCCUUGCUCUGUGAUGGCUGGGAGAACUGCGCCGACGGAGCCGAUGAAUCCUCGGAUAUCUGCCUUCAGCGCCGCAUGGCUCCCGCUACCGACAAACGGGCCUUUAUGAUUUUGAUCGGCGCUACCAUGAUCACCAUAUUUUCGAUUGUAUAUUUGCUGCAGUUCUGCCGCACGCGGAUCGGAAAGAGUCGAACGGAGCCGAAGGAUGAUCAGGCCACUGAUCCAUUGUCGCCCUCGACGCUGAGCAAAUCUCAAAGAGUUUCCAAAAUCGCUUCCGUGGCGGAUGCAGUACGCAUGUCUACACUGAACUCGCGCAACAGCAUGAACUCCUACGAUCGCAAUCAUAUCACAGGCGCAUCGAGUUCAACGACGAAUGGUAGCAGUAUGGUGGCAUAUCCGAUCAAUCCACCACCGUCGCCGGCAACCAGAUCGCGUCGUCCGUACAGGCACUACAAGAUCAUCAAUCAGCCUCCACCACCCACGCCCUGCUCCACGGACAUUUGUGAUGAGUCCGACUCGAAUUAUACGAGCAAAUCGAACAGCAAUAACAGUAAUGGGGGAGCCACAAAGCAUUCUUCCAGUUCGGCAGCAGCAUGCUUGCAAUAUGGCUACGAUAGUGAGCCGUAUCCGCCGCCGCCGACACCACGCUCCCAUUACCACAGCGAUGUGCGCAUUGUGCCGGAAUCCUCCUGCCCGCCAUCGCCGUCGUCGCGGAGCUCCACGUACUUCUCGCCGCUCCCGCCCCCGCCAUCACCAGUACAGUCGCCCAGUCGUGGAUUUACGUAACAUUUUGAGAGUUACAUGUAAAUUGAGAGAAGGAGCAACAUAUCACUUCUUUGCAAAGCUUUUCGUUUUAUGAACUUUUUAUUUACCCAAUUCUAAUUGCUACAACUGAUUUGUAAA